AUCGAACAUAACCUCAACUGUCAAAUAGAAAAAGCUGCAGUUGAAAUAGGUUUUUUUUUCCGAAAAAUUACAACACUUUAUUCAAUUUUGUAAAGAGUGAAAUAAAAAACAAAUUAGAACAAAAUGUUUUUAUCACGACCAUUAAACAAAUUCACUCGCUUGCGAUGUCAAUUACUUUCCACCUCCGCUAAAACCUACUUAAACACAACCACCAGCACAAACAACACUCCGGCAGCAAAAACCUCAUCUUCCAACGAAGAACGCAUUGAAAUUCCAAAUAGAAUUCCCCGCAGUUCAACCGAUAUUCUCCUUGCUCUGUCCAGCACAGUCAAGUCAGAUCCAACAGCUGUCCACUUCAAAUAUCACGAUGAUCCUUAUCUAAUUCCCAUGUCCAAUGUCACUAAGCGAACCUUUGCAAUGGCACAAGAAGCUGGUCGCAAAGCUGCCAAAUGGGUUAAAGAUGAACAUGGAAGAUUUUUCAUGCAUCAAGAAGCCCAACCAUCAGUUGAAGCAUUUGGACCAAAAAUGGUUUUCAAUGAAGAAUCCGAAGUCGAUGAAACUUCUCUUCAGAACUUAAUUCACAAUUCUGAAGUAACUGACGCAGUAUUUGUCUAUAAUCUAAUGAAGACCAAAAACCUACCAAUUGCCGAUGAUGUCAAACAAAGUCUUCUCGAACUCAUUUGCUUUUACAACAACGAAGAACCUAUCCCAGAAGAGUUCAUCGAAGAGCGAUGGUUUAACGAUGCACAAACUCCCUACCCGCGUUUGAGGAAAACCUGGAAAGAUGGUGACUUAGCUGAACAAAUCUUCAAUGAACUCGAACCAAAAACACCUAAAGCCUAUGCCGCAAUAAUCCGUGGAAUGGCCAAAUUCGGUCAAGCAGAAAGAGCGUAUGCUCUAUUCCAAGAUGCCACUGAAAAACAAAUCGAACUUGAUACUAAAACCUUUAAUUCCAUCAUUUGCAUUGCCAACUUUCUGAAAGAAACCGCUGACCAUCGUUGGGAUUUCUGCCAGGAAACACUUCAGCAAAUGAAUCAACAGGAACUCAAACCAGAUUUGGGUACAUUGAAUGCUCUCUUACAAACUGUUGGAACUUUUGGCAAUUUCAAACUGAUUCGAGGAAGUACUCUGAAAGUUUUGAGUACUUUUAAGAAAUUAGGAGUCGAACCUAGUCUGGCAACUUAUUACUACGUUCUGAAUAACUUCUGUCGUGAUCGUAGUCCAACUUCUCAUGUUAUUGUGGACAUUUUGAAUGAAAUCGAAGGCAAGGAUUUCACAAUUGCUCAUCCCAAAGAUAUAAACUUCUUUGUCACAGCAAUGGACGUUUGCAGGAAUCAUCUGCAUGACAGGAAUUUGGCUAAGAGAGUCGAUGCUCUCCUACACACUGGCAACAAUUACGAUUUGAUUGGAGAUUCCUACAAAGAAGGUGCCUAUUACCGUCAUAUGUUUGCCCUUCUCAGUAAUACCGAACCAUUGGAAGAAUUUAUGGUGACCUAUGAUCGUCUGGUGCCGAAUAUAUACAUUCCAGAGCCUGGUAUCAUGGAGGAAAUCCUCAAAUCAGUCGAAGUUAAUGGAGCUAUUGAUCUAAUGCCACGAUUAUGGUCUGACAUUAUCUCCUUUGAUCUUGGAAACCGAGAAAACAUAAUAAAUAGAACUCUCAAAAUCACCACUGAGAACCGACCGAAUCCAGAGAAUCCCGCCCACAAUGGUCUUAAUGAACACUUUGCUCGUAUCGCUCUUGACAUUUACACAAAGGUAAUCGACAUUGCCGAAACUCGAGCAAUGAAGAGACUUCAAUUUACUGGUCAAAUGAUUGGGGACAUACUGACUUUGACUGUUCGUGGGGGAGACUUUGAGAUGGCUAGUAAAGUGUUUGAAACAAUUGAUAAAGAGCAACAUAAGAUUCCUGGAACACCAUCGGAUCAGUGUACGUUGGAAUUUGUAGAAGCUUGUGUGGUUAAUAAGGCACCAAGUUUGGCAGUGAGUUGUCUGCAAUAUGCCGUCGAGAAUAAUAUGGAAUCCAUGCAGCUGGCAAGGAUCAUCAAUAAAGGAUUCACACUGAAUGAGGUGCAUUUGUCCAAGUUGAAGAGUCUUGUGGGUGAUGGGUUCUUGGCGGAGUAGGCAUUUAAGAGAGCAAGAUAAAUAGAAAUAAAGUUUUGUUGUAGAAA